GGUUCGACUGCGGUUGACAGCGACCUCCACAUCGUUAUGAGAUCUGCUCUGUUACGCAAACGUAGACUGGCAACACACUGCAAGUGAUUUUCGGGCAGACUGAAGUGCGCGGCAAAAGAAGGGAGACACAAACAAAAACAUGUGGCUGAGGCUGUGAGAAAACGGCAUCAGUGUGAUAUCCAUGUGGACUGACUGCUCUGUAACACUCAAUACUGCAGGUGAGGAGAGCAUCUGAGUGGACUGACAGUGGACAUCAUGGGUUUGCACUCCGCCCAGAAGAAGCACUUUCCCCUGCGGGGGAUUGACGGUGUGGUACAGCUGUUCGACGCUGAGCUCCGCAAGUCUGAGCCGGACCUAGCCCUUCUCUCCUUAGUCCUUGGUUUUGUCGAGCACUUCCUAGCUGUGAACCGGGUCAUCCCCAUAAAUGUUCCAGGGGUCCGGUUUGAACCGCUGGAGCCGGACUGUCCCAACUCCUGCUUCCCCACAGUGGAGUUGGGCAUGAUUUCAGCACUGUAUGAGCGCUUCACGGCCCAGAUCCGUGGUGCGGUGGACCUGUCCCAGUACCGGAGGACUGCUGCGGGGUCCAGCAGGGAGCUGGUGAAGAAGGUGUCAGAUGUGAUCUGGAACAGUCUAAGCCGCUCUUACUUCAAGGACCGGGCCCACAUCCAGUCCCUCUUUAGUCUCAUCACUGGUACCAAACUGGAUAGCUCCGGCGUGGCAUUCGCUGUAGUGGCAGCAUGCCAGGUUCUAGGUCUGAAGGAUGUUCACCUGGCGCUGUCUGAGGACCAUGCCUGGGUGAUUUUCGGCAAAAACGGCGAAGAGACAGCAGAGGUCACCUGGCACGGAAAGGGCAACGAGGACCGACGAGGACAAACAGUUGCAGCAGGAGUCAGUGAGAAGAGUUGGCUGUAUCUCAAGGGCUCCUACAUGAAAUGUGACAGAAACAUGGAGGUGGCCUUUAUGGUCUGUGCCAUCAACCCCUCACUGGACCUGCAUACUGACAGCUCUGAGCUCCUGCAGCUGCAACAGAAACUCCUCUGGUUGCUGUAUGAGCGAGGCGACGUGGACAGGUAUCCUAUGGCCAUGGGCACUCUGGCAGACCUUGAAGAUCAGGAUCCAAUCCCAGGCAAGGAGAACCCCCUGAAAAUCCACCUCAAGGCCGUCAGUUCUGCUCAGACGCACUACAACAACGAGCACAUCUACCCCUACAUGUACCUGGCCGGCUUCCACUACAGACACAGGAAUGUGCGGGAGGCUCUGAGGGCCUGGGCCGAGGCAGCUCAGGUCAUGCAGGACUAUAACUAUUUCCGUGAGGACGAGGAGAUCUACAAAGAGUUCUUUGACAUUGCAAACGAUGUUAUUCCCACUCUGCUGAAGGAGACAUCUGCUGCUGCAGAGAGUCUGGGGGAGGGAGGAGAGGGAGGAGAAGGAGCUGACAAGGAGCACCCCAAACAGGCAGCAGCCCUCUCUGCGCUCCAGGACUCGGACUGCUUCGCCCACCUGCUGCGUUUCUAUGACGGCAUCUGUAAAUGGGAGGAGGGCAGUCCCACACCGGUCCUUCAUGUGGGCUGGGCCACCUACCUGGUCCAGUCUCUGAGCCGCUUUGAUGCUCAGGUGCGUCAGAAGGUGUCCAUCAUCACCAAAGAGCCAGAGACCCAGGAUGACGACGACCAGUCCAGCGAUGACCCCCGUGAGGGGCGCAGACGAGGCCCAAGGAGGGAGUCCAAGCUGGACGAGCAGAGCUCUUCUCCUCCUGCUGCUCCCACCUCCCCAUCCAGCCAGCCGCCGCCGGCAGCGGCAAGCCAACCCAAGAAGGUAGGAGAGGGAGCGGGCCGCCGACGCUCCUCACAGGGCUUGCGGGCCGGAGACCCCGAAGGAAAACCCAAGUCCCCCAGCGCGGACUCCGCGUCCUCACCCUCAUCCCAGCAGCAGGCCUCCCCCUCCCCUGCCGGCCCUGUGGUGAUCUUUCAGAGUGAGAAGAUGAAGGGGAUGAAGGAGCUGCUGUGUGCAGCCAAGGUGAACUCCAGCGCCAUCAAGCUGCAGCUCACCGCCCAGUCACAGGUCCAGAUGAAGAGGCAGAAGAGCACACCAGCCGGGGAUUACUCCAUGUCCUUCAUGAAGCGCCAGCGCAAGUCGCUGUAGACGAGCCGAUUGUUGCAGGAGGACUGUAGGACAUACUGUGAACAGAAACACGGACACCCGAUUAACCUCGCUUUUGUUUGUGAACCUUUUUACCAGUGUUUUCAUCCAGAGGUCAGUCAAUAUCCUCAUAGUUCCUAGCAAUAUAUCCGACAAGCACACUUGAGUUAAGCAUCACAUAUCGAGUUCUAACUGAAGAGUGAACAUUUCAUUCUGUUUUUAUUUAACUACAGCCAGAAAAGGAUUCUGGGGAACCGCCUGGUUUGAUAGGUUGUAAGCACUCACUCUUCAUUAGUUUGUGUAUUAAUUGGCAGCCAAUUGCACACCGACUAUUAACUUCUCAUUGACUUACAUGUGGAUGUUUGAAGCCAAAGGAUGACCCAACACAACUCACUGAUGUGUAAAUAUCAACUUGUACCAUUAGGAACCUGUUCAUGACUGAAGCCUUGGAAGUGAUUAAUUUAGGAUAGUUACUGUGUAACAUUGUCCACUUCUGCUCUAUCGACAGCUUCUUUCUUGCUAGCUCUAUGUUGCCUUACUUUGCCUUUGUUCUUUUCUAAAGUAGGUGGCCUUUAGUUUUGAGAUUAGCUGAGCUAGGCCUAUUUCUAAUGAUUAGAGAAGACCAGGAAGACCAUGCACUGUUGAGACGGAGCCGCAUUAGGCGGCCCUGCUACAUCCUAUUUGCUUGAUGACUUGUGGUUUUUGUUUUUGUUCUUGUUUUUGUAUCUGCAAGUAAUAAAAGACCUGAUGAAAAUAAA